UUCCAGCCCCUCAGAAUGGGAUGCAGUGCCCAGAGCUGUAGGACCAAGUGCCGAAAGCCUUCCCAGCACCCAGCAGCACUGCUGGCUUGUCGCAGGAUCACCCUGCAUCAGGCCUCCUGGCUGACCUUCUCUCUCUCUGUCCCUUGGCAGGAUUCGUACAGGAAGCAGGUUGUCAUCGAUGGGGAGACGUGUUUGCUGGACAUCCUGGAUACGGCGGGGCAGGAGGAGUACAGUGCCAUGCGAGACCAGUACAUGAGAACAGGGGAAGGAUUCCUGUGCGUCUUUGCCAUUAACAACACCAAGUCCUUUGAGGACAUCCACCAGUACAGGGAGCAGAUCAAGAGGGUGAAGGACUCGGACGAUGUGCCCAUGGUGCUGGUUGGGAAUAAGUGUGAUCUGCCAGCACGGACAGUGGAGACCCGGCAAGCGCAGGACCUGGCCCGGAGUUACGGGAUCCCCUACAUAGAAACGUCGGCCAAAACCAGACAGGGCGUUGAAGAUGCCUUCUAUACCUUAGUGCGGGAGAUCCGUCAGCAUAAACUGCGCAAGCUGAACCCACCAGAUGAGAGUGGCCCUGGCUGCAUGAACUGUAAAUGUGUGAUAUCGUGACUGUGCUGACUGGACCCUGACUGGACCCUGACUUGGAGAGGUGUCCGCUGUGCAGAGCACAAGGAUAGAGGUGAUGCGAAGGAAGAAACAAAUGGAUUCAGGGGAGGAGCGGAGGGGGAGGGAGAGAAGAGGACGGGAGGAGUGCCAGCCCCUCCAAGGACUAUCUCGCACAUCACCCAGGCCGGCAGCAGACGACUUUUGGUUCUUUCCCCAUCCUCUCCUCCUUUGGCCUCCUCCAACCCCGGCAACUGUACAAAGCCACAGAUUGAAUCACAGUAAAUUAUUAUUUGAUGGUCUCGACAAA